CUGGAUUGUGGAUGGAAGAAGUAUAAAAAGAGUACAUUAUGGCAGCAAUGGACACAGAUGAACAACAAAAUUCACCUCAAACUAAUCUACGAAGAUCUAACUCUGCACCACUUAUAAAUGGAGCUAAUCUUACUGAAGCAAAUAUCUCAUAUAUUCCCAUAACACCGCGACAUAGGCGCUCAAGUACAAGUCAAAUGGCCAAUGGAAAUCCUUAUUCAGUGGUACGUUUCAUCUAUUUUCUAGCUUAGAACGUUCGAAUACAGAAUCAUUUGAGUCACAAUUUAAAUGCAUUUAUUUUCCCCUAAAUAACGUGGUGUUUUGUGUUUAGCCUGUAGGUUCACCUCAUUCAAGACUACUUCAAAUUAGAAAGGUAAAUGCCAGAAUCGAGCAUAUUAAAAGUGUCUCUGUUAUUAAAUAAAAAUCAUUGUUUUUCUUAAAUAUUUGUGAGUAAUUUUCUAAUUACCUAAAUUUCUAAGUUUUAUAGAAGUAUAAUUAAUUAGUGGGAAAGUAUUAAGGUGUUAAUUGUAAAUUAGUUGAUCUAUGAUUUCACUAUUUCUCCCUGCCAUAAUUUUCCUUGCUGCUGAACAAACUGAUAUAAAGGCCUAUAGUGCCUAACAGUCGAGUCCAUGGUUGUGGCAUUAGAAAUCUGUUGAAUUAUAUAUAUAUGGCUAUACUCCAGACAGAGUGGCAUUUUCACGGGGCUAGCUGCACUCAUAGUUUUGCAUCUGUCCCAAUGGAAAUGUCACUCAGAGUAAUUACAUCUACAAUGUUUGUUGUCAUUUUGAACACAGAGUUUUCAAGUUGGCGAUCAGCCAGACUACAGAGUACGGCAGUUUUUGAAGAGAUCUUGAGUGUCCAAGAUAAAAAGUUAGGUGUGCAAUCGUGCAAUCAUGUCUGAAAUUUAUCCAAGGUGUUAUUGUUUAAAUUGUCAAUAAUAUGCAAGAAUACAAGUUGCCAUACUCUCCAGUCUUGUUGAUCUGCUGAAAUGAAGAGAGUCAGUCAUGCCAAGACUGGGAAGUAGGCUAAUGCAAUAUAUUGAUAUUUUCUAUAAAUAUUGAUAUUUGAUUUUUCGCAUAUUGAAAGUUUAAACUAGACAACCUAUCUCUUUUUUGGCAAUUAUUGUCCAGUAAAGUUUAGGAAACAUUCAUAAAUGUGAUGUAGUAUACAUGCAAGUUGACUAAACUACAUUUUAUAAUUUGCAUAAUUCGAUAUAAUCAAUAUUAUUUUUUGAUACCUAGUGAUGUGCAAACUCCGGUUUUUCAGCUCCGCCUGUUUUACAGCUCAAAUCGCCAGCUGUGUUGGUUACAACUCAGGGGAUAAACUCUAUAACUGGAUAAUGAUGGAUAUUAUUGGGCUAAGUUAUUUUGUCCCUGGCAUGGCUUUUGUUAGUGAAUUAAGUGAAAGAAAUGUAGAUUGAAUAAAGUACUCUACAACAAAUAAUAACUUGGAAAGUACAAAUUGCCAAAAAUUUUAAAACUUUUUAUAAUUAAAUUUAAUGAAUGCUAAGUGACCAAUGUUGCCUGGAAGGAGCAUGGCAUUUCUUUGACCCAAAAACACUUGACCAAGUAGAAAAUAUCUAUGGAGCUCAGCCUUUCAUUUUGACAGUGUGCAAUGGCACAACGCCAACCUCUCUGUCCUCCACAGAGCAAUCGUUCGCACACAAAUUAUAUGAAAGAAAGCUGUUGUUGAUUCAUUUAUUGUCCAAAAUGUAAACAUAUAAAGCUAAUAAAAGUAGAUAUUUCAUAAUUAGUAAUUAUUUUUACAAGACAUGAAUACAACAGACUAUGCACAUGCAGCGUAAAGUUGAUUCAGAGUUAGAUGUAAGGUGACAAUGUAAGGUGACAUGAUUCAGCAUAUCAAAGCACGAUGCUUGAGAUUGAAUUACAACUUUUCCUGUGAUAAGAUAGAUCACAAACAUGAUGACUUAUUGCAAUUAAUUUGGCUGUUUACACUUGACCCAACAGAUAUGGCUUCAGAUUAUAUGUACUUUCAACAAAUUUGAUGUUGCCAUUAGUUGUAACCAACACUAAUUCUUUGAAAUUGUCACAUUUCCUCUCAUUCUGACUUUACAGCCGGAGCUGGGAGAAAGCACCGCAGCUCUGGCUGACGAAAAAAUGCUGGAGCUCUGGCAGAACUCUGGCGCACAGCACUAUCGAUACAUUUUUUCAAUAUUGCAUCAGUCUACCAGGAUAUUUGCAGUGUGCAAAGGAUUACCUUUGUGCACGUUUGAGCCUAAGUUAUUCUCAUAUGCACAAACCCAGAAUCACCUUUGUGCAUUUUAUUACAUUUUAUAAACUUUUCAGUCUGGAGUCCUGCAAUAAGUCCAAAGCGUAGUGAAAAUCUUUGUGUUAAAUUGACCAUUAUUCUAAUUAUACUGUAUAUCAUAAUGUUGUAUGCCUGUAUGUUUUUGUUGUUGCUAGGAAGAGUUUAUGGAUGAAACAGAGCAAGAUAGGUAAAGCACUUUCUUCAAUAGUUCAUCACUAAACACAAUGACAGAACCAUAUCUUGGGCUGUAGUUGAACUUCUGUAUUAUGCAGCCAUGCAAUCACACAUGCAUACCUAGUAUUUACACUGUGUAUUAUAUAUUUCGGUGAAAAUUAUGAAGCAUAAAUGACUUUGUAAUUAUGAAGCAUAAAUGACUUUAUAUUUGUGACACAAUAACAUGAAUUGCAAUGGCGCUAGAAGGUACAUGCAUUCCGCCUCGCACUCCAAUUUUCAGCAAUUACUAUACACUAUAUCCUCAUACCGCAGUACCUUUAGUGCAACAAGUCAAUGGCUUUUAAAAGACUCUGGGCUUCCAGUGCAUUCAGAAUGAAAAAUAAUCGCAUGCCUAACAAGUCCAAGGAGUGUGAUUGAUUGCCCCUUACCCUCUUUAUAUCCCUUUCAUUCAGGUUAGAAUACCGCAACUGGCGCAAGUAACAUAUACCCCAUACAAUAUUCAAUAUUAUUAUAAUAUUAUUUUUAGGAAAAUAAACACAUCAUUAUCACUAAGUUCAAGUUGUGAAUCAUUAAUGAUGGUAAGUACUUGCGUAACAAAGCAGAUUUCUGUGAGACACUUACUUGAGUAACAAAGCAGAUUGCUGUGAGACACUUACUUGAGUAACAG